AGAAAACAACACUUCUUAGUUCAGAGUUUUGAAGGACAGAGGAAAAUCCAAGAAGAUGGUGCAUCCUUUGGUUGAUAGAGCCACAAGCGAUAUGCUCAUUGGUCCUGAUUGGGCCAUGAACCUCGAGAUAUGUGACAUGCUUAAUCAUGAGCCUGGACAAACGAGAGAGGUAGUGAGUGGCAUAAAGAAGAGGCUUACUAGUAGGACUUCCAAGGUCCAGCUUUUGGCUCUUACAUUACUAGAGACAAUAAUAAACAAUUGUGGGGAACUUAUUCAUAUGCAAGUUGCAGAGAAGGAUAUACUUCAUAAGAUGGUGAAAAUGGCCAAAAGGAAGCCUAACAUCCAAGUGAAGGAGAAGAUAUUGAUACUUAUAGAUACUUGGCAAGAGAGCUUUUCAGGUCCACAAGGAAGACAUCCACAAUAUUACGCAGCAUACCAAGAAUUGUUGCGUGCAGGAAUUGUGUUCCCUCAAAGACCUCAAACCACACACAGUUCAGGACAAACUGGUCCUUCGACAACGUAUCCUCAGAAUUCUCGUAACGCUAGACAAGAAGCUAUUGAUACUUCAACAGAGUCAGAAUUUCCAACUUUGAGUUUGACAGAAAUUCAAAAUGCAAGAGGAAUUAUGGAUGUCUUAGCUGAAAUGAUGAACGCAAUAGAUGGAAACAACAAAGAGGGACUUAAACAAGAGGUUGUUGUAGAUCUUGUUAGCCAAUGUCGCACCUAUAAACAAAGAGUAGUACACCUUGUAAACUCGACAUCAGAUGAAUCUAUGCUUUGCCAAGGCCUAGCCUUAAAUGACGAUUUGCAGCGAUUACUUGCAAAGCACGAAGCCAUCGCCUCUGGAAACAGUAUGAUAAAAAAGGAAGAAAACUCUAAAAAAGAAGUUCCCAAGGACACAACUCAGAUCAUAGAUGUUGGUUCAAGUGAGACCAAAAAUGCUAGUGUUGUGGCUUCUACAACCAAUGGUCCAAAAAUAGACCUUCUAAGUGGUGAUGACUUCGAGACUCCGAAUGCAGACAACUCAUUAGCUCUUGUUCCUCUCGGACCUCCACAACCAAGUAGUCCCGUAGCAAAGCCAGAUAAUUCCAUCGUCUUAAUCGAUAUGUUGUCAGAUAACAACUGUGAAAGCUCUACUCCAACUUCGAAUCCACACGCAAAUCAUCAGAUGGUGCAACAACAUUACUCGAAUGGAUUUGGACCUGGCCAUCAAGAGCAAUCUUUUUAUGGACAGGGGUCAUCUGGUCCUGUUUGGAAUCUCCAAAUUACUCAACAACACCAACAACCAUCGUCUCCUGCCUAUGGAAACCAACCUUUUUCCCCUAACUUUAGCCCGCCUGCCUCUCCUCACUAUGGUGGACAAAACAACAAUGUUCUAGCAUUACCUCCACCACCAUGGGAAGCUCAGUCUCCAAGCUCUAGCCCUCAAUACUCUCCAACUCAUCCAAUGCAAGUGACUCAAGUGGUCAUCACCACACACACUCAUCAACCCCUCGGUUACAACCCUCAAGGUGGUUCUCCUCAUGCUACCAACAACAACAACAAUAACUUGUUCGGAAUGUUCCUCCCUCCCAUGACAGGAGGCCACAUGCCACCCUUUGGCCACAACCCAAACGUCACAAACAACAAUUAUAAUCCCGCCAUGUAUGGAGGCCAUAGAGGACAAGCUCAGCCACCACAACAGUACCUUGUAGAACAACAAAUGUACGGAAUGUCUCUUCAAGAGAAUGGAAACAACAACACUAAUCCCUACCAAGUUUCUUCUCAUCAGCCUCCACCAAUGAUGAAGCCUAUGAAUAAGAAACCAGAAGACAAGUUGUUUGGUGAUCUUGUUGAGCUCUCCAAGUUCAAGAAACCCACUUCAGGACGAGCCGGUAACGUCUCGAUCUCUGCUGAAUCAAUCUCUCUCGAGACUCUAGCUUCUAUUAGAUCACUCAUUCUCAACGCCGACACUUCCGACUCGGUGAUUUCCUCGGUGUUCGAUUUCCUUACUGGUCUUCUCAGUCGAGGGGACUCGGCGAUUCUUCACCAUGUCCUCAAGCUAAUCUCCGACCUAGCUUUCCGGCGAAAGGAAUUAGCACCACAAAUCUUCGAUUCAAUCCUGUCCAACUUACUCCGCCUUCAAAACGCCGCCGCCGAGGUGAGCCACGGACGCGCCGCCGUGGAAUCGCUUGCUGUGCUUGCGUCGUUAUCCGAAAGAAAUCCUAGCAUCGCCGCCGCGAAAAUCGACGGCGAGGUAUUUGCGUCAAUAUGCCUCGGAGCACCUAUAUCUUCUCGGCUGUGGCUACUUAGGAACGCGGAGAGGUUCAAUGUCCCGUCGUCUGUACUUUUCACCUUGUUUUUAGGGUUUACCAAGGAUCCGUAUCCAUAUAUCAGAAAAGUAGCUCUGGAUGGAUUGAUUAAUAUAUGUAACGCUGGUGACUUUAAUCACGCUCACGCCGUAGAAGGUUGCUAUACUCGUGCUGUUGAGCUUCUAGGCGAUGCUGAAGAUAGCGUCAGAUCUUCUGCAGUUCGUGCCGUCAGUGUGUGGGGCAAAGUGAUGAUAGCAUCCAAGGAAGAAGAGAUAAGUAGAAGAGAUUGUACAGAUGCUGUUUUUCUCCAGCUUUGUUCUGUUGUGAGAGAUAUGAGUGUAGACGUGAGGGUUGAGGUCUUCAAGGCAUUUGGGAUAAUAGGAACUGCAUCAGAAAGCAUUAUACUGCAAACACUUUCUAAAAAAGUAUUGGGAGCCGGAAAAGGGAAGAAACCGCAGAGUCAUCUUUCUAAUGGAUCAGCUGAUGUCAGUGCUGCAGCUGGAGUUUUCAUCCAUGGUUUUGAAGAUGAAUUCUACGAGGUACGGGAAGCUGCUGUUAACUCCUUCCACUCCCUCUCAGUAAAUUCUAUCAAAUUCCCAGAUGAAGCUGUGUAUCUAUUGAUGGAUAUGCUAUACGAUGAUUAUAUGGUUGUCAGGUUGAAAGCUUUAGAGGCAUUGCAUCAUAUAGCAGACUUGGGGAACCUGAAGAUACAGGAAACUUAUAUGCCCGCCUUUUUGGAUGCUAUUGUUGAUACUUCUGAAAACAUUAGAGUUGAGGCUAGAAACAUUCUUAAAUUGGCAAAGCUGCCUGAUCUGAAGCUGGUCAACAAUUGUGUUGAUGGUGUCCUAAAAAGUUUAGAGAUGUAUCCACAGGACGAACCUGCUAUCUUGUCUGCUCUGUUCCAUUUCGGACAAAAACACCCAAAUUUCUUAGUCAGUAUGGUCAAGAGAUUUAGUGAAAAGUUAGGGACAGCUUCCGGAAAUAAACUGGAAUUCAAUAGCCGACAGUUAUCUGCUUCUCUGAUGCUGAUAAUCUCAGCCCCUCUCUCAAACAAACAAAGCAUCACUUCGAUACCACCUCUGGCAUUUUCAUAUUCACUUGCAAUGCUGGGGAAAUUCUCUAGUGGACUUCAUGAUAUGAUGGACCAGUAUAUGCUUCUGGCUUACUUGACUCAUUGCGCUAUUCUUUCGUCUUCUUCGGGGACAGAAUUCAACAAAGGAGAUAUAUUUUUUCAGGCAUAUAGGGACAGUAAUGCAAAUCUUUCCGGAAACCCCGUCCUAUUACCCAGCAAAGAUAUACCUGCUGAGAGCAAAUACAUGGCUUCCAAAGCAGAACUGGAAAUUGGAAAUCAAGCACUUAAGUUUCUUAACCAUAUACUGUUGAAAAUAAAGGCUGCCUGGUUGUUAUCACAAUCAGGGUGCUCGAAAGAAGCACUCCGAGCAUUGAGGGCUUGCAAACAGGAGUUAGCAACUUUGACAGCCGAUUCUUCAAUCUCCAACGGUACAUUAGAAUUUAUCUGUCAGUAUGUUCACGUAAUAGAACUUCUCGCUCAAGUAUGGCCUCAUUUUGAAUACGCAAGACACAUCAGCACGUGUAGAUCUGUAGAACUGGAACUACUGAUGAAAGAGAUAGAGAUAAAACUAAUGGAGAUAAGGUGUAGAUUCACAGGCCUGUCUACGGAGGAGUCAUUAGUAAUAGAGUUAGUAAUUUUUGGUUGCUUGUUAAGGCUAUAUAAAUUUGAGAUUUGCUGCCGCCUUAGCUGCACGGAGAAGCUAUCUUCAACAAUAUCUCAAUUAGAGCUCCACCAUGAACAACAAUGCACCAAACCAUCAGAAUUUUUAACCGAAACUAAGAAGUCAUUGAAAGAGAUUGGGAGCUCUGAUGAUAUAAAUAGCUGUAGACUGCUUCAUCUCAUCAAGAUAUUCAAUUGCUUCUCUCCGGAACAGUUUACGCUUUCUGGUAAUCUGCAGUGUGUCAGCGCAGAGCUAGAGAUUCCUGGUAAUGGUCCUUACAGUCCGAUUUCCUUUGUGCCUGGUCUCCCGGUGGCUAUACCGUGUGAGAUCAUGCUGCUUAAUGUGCCAAGAGAUACCUGUUUGUGGCUGAGAAUAUCUAGAAGCGAUGAAACUUGCCAGUUUGUGUACUUGGAUCCAAACCUCUACAAUGGAGAUGGGAGAGAGAAGAGGUUCAUGUUUACUGCAGUAACGUACAUGACCCCGAGGGCUGUUGUGUUCACAUUGCGGGUUUCAAUAGGCAUAGAGUGUCUGUUUGAAGACAUUAGUUACAGAAAACAGCGUCAUGGUCCCAAGCAUCCAGUGGCCUAUCUGUGUAAGGAAAGAGAAGUUCACCUUUCUCUUGUUUCAAGAACCUAAGAUCUCUAGUAACUGUACUGUGAGAUAUUCUUCACAUUAAUGAGUCUGCAGAGAAAACUCGUCAUGGCUUUAAAAGAGCUGCUAAUUGUGGCUUAAGGACUAAGAGGGUUGACAUGGGAUGCUGCCGAACAUAGAUUCGUGUGUUCCCGCAUAACCAGCAAAUGGCAAAUCAGACUUGGAAGAAGAUUUUGAGUGUUACUACCUUUGUAGCUUACUCAUUGAGACAAAAUUUUGCAAAACUGCAUCAAAAGGCCAAUGCUAGUAACCAAUUUACAGCUUUUAAGAGAAAAAAAGAACCAUAAAAUCAGAUGGGGAUAUGAAUAUGGUCGAUAUUUUGUUGUGACCUUAUCAAUAUACACAAGUUUGUACA